UCCCAAAUUGUAAGUUUUUAAGAUGGUAAUUGGCACGUUUCCGAUUGGCAAGGUCUUCAUUUUCACCAUGAAGAAAAUAAGCAGGCCGGUAAGCAAUUUAUUGAAGAGCUAUGCCAAACACCAUCCCGUCUUUAGGCGGAUCGUUUGCAUACCCCCGGGACAGUUGUACAACAACUUGGAGGUUCGUUUGAAGUUGCAUUUUCUGAAACUGAAACAACCGAAGCGAGUGCCGCUUCUGACACCCGCCAUGGCGACGAAAGUCGGUGCAGAUUUGCUUGGUGAGGUUAUUGUAACUAGCAUUGGAGUGUUCCUGCUGUAUUAUGAGGUUUCGCGCCAAAGACUAAAGGACGAAAAGAAGCACAUCCGGCACAGAGAGCAGAGAAUGCUUUUGGAUGAAAUGAUCGGCAGCCUGGACACAAAUAUAGAGCGAAACGAAAAGGAAAUCCGCAGAAUGAACGCUGCACUGGAUGGCUACGACUACUAGAAAUUUGAAAUGGCCAUCACCAAUGACU